AUGUUCGGCAUAGAGCCAGAUUCGGAUUCUGACGACGGCGCCCUUGCCGAAGCCAUUUCCGCUUUGGACGAGGCCGACGAAGAGCUGUCUCCUGGCGGCACGGACGACUCCGACUACGAGGAGAAUCCCCUGCCGUUCGGCACCGACCCAGACGCCAGUGACGAAGAUGACGAAGACAACGAUGAUGAAGAGCGCGAAUCGGCCGCUGAAAACGACGGUGAUGAGAGCGAGGAUGCUGACGAAGACGACAAAGACUGGCGUGGGAAUGAGGGCAACGUCGAAGAGGAAGAAGGUGACGUCGGGAGUGGAGACCGCGCAGACGAAGUGGACAGCGAGGAAGACGACGAAGGGGACGAGAUUCGGUUGGUACCCGAACCGAAAUCUCACCGAAGUUCGCACCUUCGCGUGAAGCGAGUUGUGCCUGUGUGGUUCUACGGAUUCAGCACCACGUUCGACUCGUGGGAUACGUUCCACACCUCGUUCGACGACUUCCAGGCUCAGACAUUCCAGCAGUUUUCCAUGCGAACAAGUACGUCAGUUUUCCUGCGGAACAAGCAAAUUCUCGAAAAGGACAAGGAAAGGAAGCGAGCCGCAAAGAAGGCCCGGAAACCGAUCACCUUGGUUCCGGCGGAAUGGGUGACGUACUCGAAAACGCUGGUCUGCACGCAUGGUCAGCCCUUCGAACCGAAGGGCAAGGGAAAGCGGCACCACAACAACGUUCGCGACACGAAGUGCAAGGCGAGAUUGAAUGUGCGUGUCGCUGCCACGUUCAGCGGAAUAUGGCGUUUACGCGUGAACGCCACCGGCAAACACAAUCCCGACUUGAACAAGCAUCUUUGGGAGAGCUACGCGGAGAACCGGACGGUGAAGGACCCGCAGUUGACGGAGGAUGUGGCAGUGCUGCAUAAGGCUGGGGCGAACACGCACGGCAUCUUGCAAUACCUGCGUGAACGUACAGGUAAAGUCUUAUCACUUUCUGUGUGA